CGGCUGAUGGAGACCCACGCCACGGCAACAUCUGCCACCUCCUCUCAGAUCAGAGUCUUUCCAGCCUCCGUCGAGGUGCCACUGUCGUCGACGUCGACGUCGGCGUCGGCAUCGGCUUUUCAGCCGCGCUCGACGUCGGCCAGUCCCAACGUCGGCGUCACUUGGUCCAGUCUGUUGGGCGGGUCCAGCUUUCUGGCCGACUGGCAAGUCGCCUACGACUCGACGGUUAUGUUGUCGUCGGGCGAGUCGAGUCAGGCCAAGACGGCCGACUCGCUCGACGACCCACAGACCCAUCGGUCGGCCUGGCCGCAGCAUCUAUACCCUCAGCACCAUCACCAUCCACAACCGUUCUAUCAACAUGCCCAACAAUCAUCGCAUGAUGCCAUCGGCUUGCAGACCACCUCGCACCAACUCGUCCAGCCCAAUCAGCCUCACCCUCAUCAUCACCAACAUCAACAUCAGCAUCAGUUGGCCCAAGCGUUCAUGCACUGUUGGAAUGAUGCCACCGACUCCAGCCCAUCCUCGGUACCAAAAUCACAAGCAGAUGCCUCGCGUCUAUCCCCCCCCGUCGAGCCACAUCGACAACUAGUUGAGCACAUCGGAUCCUCCUCCUCCUCCUCCUCCUCCUCCUUCUCCUCUUCCUGCUCUUCCUCCUCCCGUUCCUCGUCCUCCGGCUCAUUGACAGUAUCGGCAGCCACCGUAGAAACGACCAGUCCUCCGGCUCCUCGAGCCUCGCUCAGUUCACCCGACUCGCCGGACUCGCGGGACUCGUCGAAUCGUCGACGUCGGCACAUCUGGUGCCCAGACGGUGGGCUCCCCGAGCCCCAGACGACCGUGGCCUCGGGUGCCUCGAGACCGGACUCCAUGAGUCUCCGGGCCGACGUGACCGAGCGAGUCGGAGGCCAGUUGGACCGUUCGACGUGGCUGGAGCUGGCCCGAAUGUGGGCUCAGCCGUCGGCCAGACUGCCGGCCGAGGCCAAAGUCCCGUCGCCAAUGCCCCUGCCCUUGCCCCUGCCUUUGCCCCUGUCCUUACCACUGCCCCUACCCCUACCCCACCUGCCCCUCCCCCCCUUGCCCUUGUCACUGCCCCUGCCCUUGCCGCUGCCCUUGUCACUUCCCCUGCCCCUCCCCAUGCCAUUUCCUCCAGCCUCCGAGGCUGUACCAUCAGUUGGGAUGGAGCUGGACAUGCCGGCCUCCAACCAUCGGCCCGACGGCUUGCGCCCAACGAGGCUGCUGUCGUCUGCGCUGUUGCCGGGUCCCGGGAGGCUGGGACUGGCCUGCGGAGACGGAGGAGACCAGAAUGUGACCAACGCCGAGGGGGGCGACGAGUGGAUGGGAACCGAGGAGGCAGGCCAGAGUCCCAGAAACUGUAUCUGGACGUCGAGGGGAGGGGAUGCACAAAGAGACAUGCAGUCGACUGGUUGCAACGAGGCCGAAGCCAGUCUGUCUUGGCCCAGCUUUAACACAAUCAAGCAACUCACCAACGAUACAGCCGAGACUCGUCUUCUCGGUCUGGCGGACGCCAUCUGCAGGCCCAACCUGGCCAACGGAGGCAGAGUCGAGUAG